GAACGAAUUCUCGCCUCCCCGUCGCCGUCUCGUCUCUUCUUCCGUCUCUCGCAUGGCAUGCGCCUCUUUCUUCUCUGAUUUGCCCCCAAAAUUCCCGGUCUCAAGCUUGCUAUUCUUUCCUUCCUCGCAAUCUCUUGUGCCUCCAUCACCGCGACCGUCACCUCCGGUUGCGGAAAGCAACAAGCCAGGGCUCCUUCUGCCGAAGUCUUCUCUAGCUGAGACUUCGGAAGGCGUCACGCUUCUCGCCUUCUCGGUCCCUUUGCACUGGAAGAGACCGGCGUGGAGCGGCCGAGUGGAAGAGAAUCGUAGUUUUCGUUUCUUCUUUUGUUUGUGGUUUCUUCUUCAGGGCAGAGGGUCAAUCUCAGUUGACAACAUCUCCAGUUUCCACGCGCGGCUGCUGCUUAUUUUUCAAACUUCAGGGGUUUCGUCUUAACCUCAUGCUGCUCUGGUGGAUUCGAUAGGGAAGCCAACCCUUAGGUGCAAUGACGCAGCCACAGCAGCGGAUAUACCAAGCUUGGAAGGGGGAUAACGUGCAAUAUACGACACAUCUAUCACAGCUGCACCAAGAAACACAGACUUUCAUAGAUCAUGUCCUUUUGGAUUUGGCUAGGUUGCAGCCCUAUGUGUCUCUGGCAGAGUGGCCGACAUCUGGUAAUCCUUGGGGCUUGGAGCAUAUGGGUGCAAUACCAAGCGCUCAAAGGGGUCAUGCAGCUGACUGGUGACGAAGUCUGGCUAUGAGGUUCUUCUUUGGUGGGCGAUUGAUUUUUGGACCUGAUGUUAAAUCCCUAGGUGUUUCUGUUAUCCUCAUUGUUGUCCCGGUAGCUUUCCUUUGUGUAUUUGUCGCGCGGCAUCUCCGUCAUCGGUUUCGUGCAUAUGAUGCAGGAUAUGCAAUUCUUAUCAUGGCAGUAGUGUACACAAUCUACGUGCUUUUGUUACUCUUCGUCACUGCUGGUCGGGAUCCUGGCAUUGUACCUCGUGCUUCACACCCACCAGAGGAGGAUAUUCACUAUGAUGAUUUGUCUCAUGAUACACCCAUAAGACUACAAUUUCCUCGUGUAAAGGAAGUUAUAGUAAAUGGGAUGCCUGUGAAAGUAAAGUAUUGUGAAACUUGUAUGGUGUAUCGUCCUCCUCGAUGUUCACACUGUUCCAUUUGCAACAAUUGCGUGGAGCGCUUUGAUCAUCACUGCCCAUGGGUUGGGCAAUGCAUUGGAAAGCGCAAUUACCGUUAUUUUUUCCUGUUUGUUUCUUCUUCAACUGUCCUCUGCAUUUAUGUGUUUGCUAUAUCGGCCUUGUACAUCAAGUUUCUCAUGGAUGGAGACUAUCCUACAGUGUGGAAGGCAUUGAAACACUCUCCUGCUUCUCUAGCACUAAUGAUAUACUGCUUUAUCUGUAUCUGGUUUGUUGGUGGACUCACAGGAUUUCAUACAUACCUCAUCAGCACAAACCAGACCACAUAUGAAAAUUUUCGGUAUAGAUCAGAUGGCAGGCCUAAUGUCUAUGAUCAAGGAUGUCUUAGUAACUUUCAAGAGGUUGUCUUUGCCAAGAUACAACCAUCCAAACAUAAGUUCCGGGCACACAUACAAGAGGAAGUACAAGCUCCACCAGCUAACGAUGCUGGAGAGGUUGAAGACGAACUAGUUGGUGGUCCUCGGGCAAAAGUGGGAGAUGACCUUGAUAUUGAUGGUGAUCUGUUGAAGAUUUCACAAUGGCAGCAUAACCAUGGGGACAUUGAUAUUGAAAUGGGAGGUGGGAACGCCAAUUAGAUGGACGAUCAGUUUCAGACUACAAAUUUUAAAGCAAUUCAGAUGCACAGAUAUACAGUAAGAAGCAAGGCACAACACUCGGGUUAGGUACAAAGAACUGAAAGUUGGGAUGUAGCACAAGAAACUGCUGCAGCUAUUCUUUUGGCCUCCGAAUCUGCAUCGCCAUCUCCAAAUCUGCAUCGCCAUCUCAGAGAGAUGCACACUGGCUUUUGUUUGCUCAUACUAUCCAAUACUAAGCUGAGGAACUGAGGAUUCGGCAGCUGCAGAGGCUGGGCCAAAAAGCCUUCAAUGUCUAUUUGCUCUAUUGCUUCCAGCAGGGAUGGCUAGUCUCCAACGGUCUUACAUUCUCAUGAAAUGUAUGUUUUAGUUCAAAAUUAGGGCAGCUUCUGUCUCGUCAGGUUUUAUCAAUAUAAUUCUUUUUUGUAAAUCACUGGUGCAGGAUAUUUA